UACUUAUGAGGAAAACAUGUUGGAUAGUAUGAAGAAAGAACUGCAAUUGAAGGGAAGUAACUUAGAUAAUGUGAUGAAGGAACUUAAAGAGAAGGAAAAAAAUUUAGAUUUCGUUAAAAAGGAGCUAAGGGAGGAGGAAAUUAACGUGGAUGCGGUGAAGAAGGAACUUUCUGUUAAGGAAAAUAUGUUGGAUAAUAUGAAGAAAGAAUUGGGAUUGAAGGAAAAUAACUUAGAUAUUGUGAUGAAGGAACUUAAAGAAAAGGAAAAAAACUUGGAUUUUGUGAAAAAGGAGCUGAGGGAGAAGGAGAAUGAAUUGGAGUCAGUGAAGAAGGAAUUCAAAGCUGAAGCAGAUAACUUGAUUGCUCUUAGGAAGCAACUUGAAUCUAAGGAGGUCUUCUUGUCCUCAAUGAAGAAGGAACUUGAGCACAAGGAGAAAUUUCAUGAUGUAAUGAAGAAGAAACUUGAACUCCACGAGGAAAACUUGAAGUCAUUCAAUGAGAGACUCAAUUUGAGGGAGAGAGAACUUGAUUCUAUUCAAGAAGCAUAUAAGCAGCGGUUUGAAGAACUUAAUUCAAAGGAGAAGAAACUGGAUUCACUAGAGGAAUUUACAAAAAAAAACUAUGAGGACUUUCAAUCAGAAAAGAAAAUAUUCCUGGUAGAGCAGGGACUUUUUGAGCAACGCAUGAAAGAAGUUAUACUUAGAGAGGAAAGGGUUAAGGAUAGAUUAGAAGAGCUUGAAUCAAGGGAGAAACAUUUUGAGGAUAGGUGUAAAGAGCUCGGAGGGAAAGAGAAGCAGUUGAAUGCUAUUCCUAGUGCGCACAUAAAGUCAGAGCCUGCGGAAGAAGUAGCACUGGACAGGGUCAAUGCUAUUGUAGGUAAUUCUACUGUUACAAGUUUUGUUGUGAUAAUGGAUGGAAAGAGUUUGCAGAUAUUCUUAAAUGAGCAUGAGAAGGAGCUGGAUUUGAUGUCUGAUGAAGUUUUUAAGGCUCUUCAGAUGUCUCCUGACCCUGCACAACUGGUUCUUGAUGCAAUGGAAGGUUUCUAUCCUCCCCAUUUGAGUAAGGGAGAAACAGAGUUUGAGGGCAGUGUUGCCCGACGGAGCUGCAUUCUGCUGUUAGAGCAGUUAAUUAGGGUUUCACCAGAGAUUCGGGAUUUUGUGAGGGGAGUAGCAAGAAAUAUUGCAAGGGAUUGGAGGGUUAAGAUGAAGGUGACAAAAGGGAACCAACACGAGAUCUUGGGGUUCUUGUAUCUUUUGGCUGCGUACAAUUUGGUUUCUUCCUUUAAGGUAGAUGAUCUUAUGAUCCUGCUGGAGAUUGUUGCUAAGCAUGACAAAUUUGCAGAAUUAUGUGGUUCUCUUGGUAUGAAACAGAACUUACCUGGUUUUGUCCUGAAUCUUUUAACCCAGCAACAACAUCUUGAAGCUAUUAGAUAUGCUUAUGCAUUUGGACUUGUGGACCAGUUCCCAUCCACAGCCAUUCUGAAAAAUUACGUGGAAUAUGUUGAACGUAAUUAUGUGAAUGUCUGCGAGAAAGAGACCUGCUCAUUCGAAGAAAAGAUUGAGGCCAUUGAACAACGGGUUGCUUCUAUUAGCGCUGUUAUCAGAUGUAUUCUGAAUUACAAACUUCAGUCUAAAUAUCCGAUAGAACACCUUGAAGAAUGUAUAGAAGUGCUUACAAGGCAGAAGGAAGAUCAAGCUGCAUUAUGUGCCAUUUAUGAGGCUAAAACGCCAGAGCAAGCAAAUGUGAAUCAGAUGGGUUCUACUAAUCCAUCUAGUCCCACAGGCACCAAGGCCCUCAAUUCCGCAUCAUUCUCUGCUAGAACCCCCUCGUGCACUUUAGGUCAUUCCAAUUCUAUGGCCAUUAUCCUUAUGAACAUGAGUGGAGAGGAUUUGCAGAAUUUCUUAAACAAACAUUUGAAGGAGCACAAGUUGUUGCGCAGUGAAGUCUUUAGUGCUCUUCUAAUGUCACUGGACUCGGGGAUGCUUGUGUUAGAAGCACUGGUAGGGUUUUAUCCUCCAGACUAUCAGAAGGAAGAGAUUGAAUUUAAUCGUAAUAUUAUCAGGCAGAGUUGCAUUCUUUUGUUAGAACAGUUCAUGGAACUUUUGCCGGGGAUUAAACCAGAGGCUAAGUUAGAAGCAAGCAAGCUUGCAUUUGCCUGGAAAGCAAAGAUGAUGGGUGAAAUGGAAAACCAUUUGGCAAUCUUGGGUUUUCUUCUUCUUGUAGGUAGCUACAGAUUGGCAUCUCCCUUCGAUAAAGAUGAACUUGAGAGUUUGUAUCACAAGGUAUCACCGCUUGUGAAUACAUCUGAAAUCUGUCACGUCCUUGGUAUUUCAAAUAAUACUUCAAAAGAAUCGAAGAGACACAAGGCUCAAGGCUGUGCAGAUGAAUCUAUUUGCAACAACAUGGAUAUGAAAUGCGAAGGACAUGAUGUAAUCUGCAAUUGUGCCUCAAGUUUACAUCGUACAUCAGAUCCUGCUUUGCUUGUACUGGAUGCUUUCCGGAGUUGUCAUCCCACAAAAUUAGGGAGGUGUGAAAACUUCCCAUCAGUUAUGCGGAGCUUCUCUGAUCUGUUGGACCAGCUGAGUGAAGUUUCUCCAGAAAUUAAACCUCAUGUUAAAGCGGGGGCUAUUGCGUUUGCAGUUGAUUGGUAUUCUACAUUGAUCGGGUCCCAGCUAAAUACAUCCGAGUUCUUGGCAUUUGUGCAGCUUUUAGCUAUUUAUAAAAUAAUAGACUCUUUCCAUUCAGAUGCACUUUUUGGUCUUUUGGAGAAAGUUCAACCAACUGAAAGGGUUGUUACUUUGUUCAAAAUCCUUGGGUUGACAGAUAAGAUCCGAUGUUUUGUCCAAAAUCUUAUAAAUAAAAAGCAGUGGAUGGUGGCAUUUACUUAUGUCUAUGAGUUUGAUCUUGUUAACUUGGUUUCACCAGUGAUGCUCCUGAGGGAUUAUGUAAGACACUCAGAAGAGAUUGCGAAGCAAAUACUUCAUGCUGGAAAUAGUCCUCAUCGAGCCCAAAUGAAGGCUAUGAGUUAUGAAAUAAAUGCACUAAGAAAUGCAGUUAGACAUAUUGUGGAUCGUGGUCUUCAGUUGGAAUAUUCACCUUCUCAACUUCAAGAACAGAUCGAAAAACUUCAAUGUCAGAUGUCAAACUCGAGUCAAUCAAGCUCAAAUCGAAACUUUACUGCUAAGUUCCGACAAGUUAAAACAAAUAAAGGAACUUGCAGAUCUGCUCCAAUUGCUCAAGUGCGAAAAGAGCUCAUGAAGAAGCGUUCUGCCCCAGCUGGUGACACUGAUUUUAUCCACAGGGCUCGAGGAAAACAGAACUUGAAGCGCCAUCGUCAUUUAUCCAUGAGGAGAUGAGUUGUAUCAAGUGUUUUAUUGACAAUCCCUCACGGUUAUGUUCUUUACGAGCAUUGUGGGAGUGGGUUGUGGAGGAAUAUUUUGAGGGGGUGAGAAGAGUUUAGUGCUAA